GACAGAUGGAGAACGACAGAAUCUCGGUCUGUUGUACCCCGUGUACGAGCGAUCCUCGACUUCUUCCUUCCUCAAGAAGCUUUCGCCGCACGUACGGUGGGAGACUCCGAAGAGGUGACAGGAGGGCGGCAGAAAGAUCCGCGCGCGCGCGUUGUUUGGGAAGAGGGAGGACCCCGUGGUUGGCGAACGCAAACGAUAUAUGAAGGCGAAACUCGCGCGUACGUCGUCCAGAAUCUCUCUCACGUGGUGUGCACUCGCGAUAGCGCGGGAAGUGCCGGUCCUCCGCUCUCUUCGUGUUUUUCCCACACGCGUAAACAUACUUCGAUUAUUCAAAUUUCCUAAUUGAAACUUAGUGACAAAUACGCCUGAAAACGUUGUCGAGGUGAUUUCUGCCUGGAGGUUGUCGAGUGCGAGAUUGAAAUCGGCUCGUCUUCGCCGACGUGGGUAACUUCCUCGAGGAAAUUCAAGGGAAAUUCAAAGGGGUGGUAGAGUGAACUGAUCGCUAGGGUGUUGGAGCAAUCAUGAGCAAACAGUGGAAAGGUGUCAAGGAGUUUGUCGGCUUUGAGGAGGUCACCAAGCUCGACUUCCUGGUGAUGCUGUUCGCCGAAAUCCUGGGCACGUUCCUGUUGGUCUUCUUAGGCUGCGCCUCCUGCGUCACGUGGCAGGAUGCACCGACUGUUGUGCACAUUGCAUUUACCUUCGGCCUCGCUGUGGCAAGUUUGGCACAGGUUUUAGGUCCAAUUUCUGGUUGUCACGUGAAUCCGGCUGUAUCACUCGGUCUGAUGAUCAGCGGAAAUUGCAGUUUUCUUAAAACUGUUAGUUAUAUAGUCUGUCAAUGUUGCGGCGCUAUCGCGGGUGCCGCCGUUCUCAAGCUAAUAAUACCCAAGACACAAGUGACCAACGGUGGCUUGGGCGCCACCGCGCUGGGCAACAGCGUAUCCAUGUCCCAGGGUAUCGUAGUGGAGGCCAUCAUCACGUUCCUCUUGGUACUGGUGGUGCACGCUGUGACGGAUGCCAAGAGGUCCGAUACGAAGGGCUGGGCCCCGCUGGCGAUCGGUCUGACCAUCACGGCAGCUCAUAUGGCGGCGGUUCCCAUAACCGGCAGUAGCAUGAAUCCCGCCAGGACUCUGGGCCCGGCCGUGGUCUUGGAUGAGUAUCAGAACGUGUGGAUCUAUUGGGUGGGUCCGCUCGUCGGGGGCUGCUUGGCCGGUGGCGUGUACAGGAUGGGCCUGAGGGCCAACAGGGAAGACGACGAGGGUUCGUACGAUUUUUGAGAGGAUCCUGGGGAUUCUAAAACGUGAGAGACGGAACCUAUUCAUAAUUCCGCGAAGAACUAAAAGUCGGAAGUCUCCCCAGGUGUAAAUAAAGAGAAAAGAAUGUAGUGAAAAUGAUGAUUUUGACUAUAUUUGUUUGUCGCACAUGACAAAAUUGUUUGUAAAAGAAUAGGAUUCUGCAGGGAAUAUAUAUAUACAUAUAUAUACAUAUAUAUAUAUAUAUAUAUAUAUAUAUAUAUAUAUGUAUAUGUAUAUGUAUAUGUAAGAUAUUGGACCCGCUGUAGAUCAAAGAGUUCAGAAAAUUGGGAACUCUUUGAAUCAAAACUGCUCCGUAAUAUGUAAAUGUAUAUUCAACACACACAUACACACAUAUAUAUUAUUAUGUGUGUCAUUUUUAAAUAUUUUAUUUUCUUGAAAUAUAUUAAUCUUUACGUAUUUACAGAUAUGAAGAUCUUCUCGUCAGCUAUUUAAUAGUAUUGUUUAGUUUUUUAUCUUUAAUAUUUAGAGAAACUCAUUUUAGUUGGUGCUAUUUAAUGGGAAAGCGGUAAUCGAAAAUAUAUCGACGUUAUUGUAUAAUACUGUGUUGUGUAUAUAAUGUAAACGACAAAUAAAGAUUAAUGUUAUAUUAAUAUUAAUUUGUAAUAUUAUAUUCUUAAUAAGAUUGAUCAUGUUAUAUAUAUUACGGACUAAAAGAUACACAUAUAUAUUAUUAUUAUACAAUAAUGCGUAUUCGAUAUAUCGAAUCGAUUUCUUUCUUAAAUUAUUACCUUUUUACCUUAAGAAAUUAAAUGUAUUUUUCUCUAGAAUGUGCAUAGAACAAGAGAUAGCUUUUUUAUCUAUAAUCAUCAACAUAAUCUUAUUGUAAUUAAAAAUCAUUAUAUCAAUCGAAUAUAUUCUAUAUUCGCCAGUACAUCGCUUCCCACUCUGAAAAUGUUGUAUAUAUUGUAUUAAAGUUAGCUUAUAUCGAGAAAUCAAACUAAUUAUUUUUUAUCGAUCUAUAAUAUAUAUUAGCAUAGGCUAGGAAUUAAUUAGCAUAUAACGCACAGAGUGCGAAUGAAAACAUUAAUAAAUAUACUCUUUUCUCAUCGGUA